AUGAGUUUCGCGGAAGCUGCAGAAGAGGCAUCCAGUCCAGAUGAAUUACCCAAAGAUAUUGAACCCAAUAAUUCUGUUAUAAAGGUUGUCGAUAAUUGUGAUUUUAAUACAAAAAGUACAUUAGAUGGAACAGGUAGUCUUCAUUAUGUUAAUACAUUAUUUAUUCAACAUACUGGUCAACGCAAAACAGCAAACAAUGAUGAUUAUAACGAAGAUAAUGAUGACGAAAAACAAGAGCAAAAUAGACCAAGAAAGCGUAAAUUUAAGGUGUGUAAAAUCAUUAAUAACAGUACAUCUGUACCAAUUCAACAAAUAACUUACGUUACAAGAAGUCAAAAUACCAGGUCAACAUUUGAUGUUAAAAGUUUGAAUAUACAUAUACUAUAAGUCUUUCUAAUGUUCUCUAAAAAUAUUUUAGAUUUUGCGUAAAUUUUAUUUAUACUCAUAAUGAUAUCACGAGAUAAUCAAAACUGGAAUAUAUUAAAUGAAAAAAAUAUUGGUGAAUGCAUCAGAUUAAUGAAUCAAGUUAAUUUUGAAUGUUUAAGGUUACCUUGUGACAUUCAAGAUUUUGUGCUUGACCUGUCAUUGAAUCAUCAAUGUGAUUCAAAAGUUUUGUUUUAUGCUUUGUUAUCGGGGAUAGGACACUUCUCUGAAUUAGUCAAUGUUUAUAAUAUUGAAACAAAACAACAAAGCCGAUUACUGUUUAUGAAAUUUUAAUUGCUCGAUCUGGUAUGUAUGAAAAUGAUGAACAAACUACUAUCCAUUUCAGAAUAGAAUGGCCGGUCAGUGUUGACCUUAUAGCUCCGGAACGGUGAUAGAUAGAGAGGUGCGGUUUUCACCAUUCGAAAGAGAAAUAUGGGGCUACGAUACCCAUGAAACAAUAAGUUUACUUUUGU